UGAUACGUGCGCUUAAGGUGUUAGGUACAAAUUCAUUUGUUACAAACGUCUUGUACUUAGUUAGAAUUUUCAUUAUUAAAUAAAAAUUUUAACUACACCAACAUUUUUUGUCUGUAUCAAGAUUUUGUUAUUGGACCUUUACUUAGAACUCCUGCGUAAUAUUAAAACGGGGGAGAGAUCUCUAUAAAUAAGACCAACAACAGCUGACGACCAGCAGUUCACCAAAAUACUGCAAACUAUAUCCACGCUUAUCUGAACAUUCAUUCCAUCAAAAAUACAAUGAAGAUAAGUCUAUAUUUGAGUGUACUCCUCUUGGCAUUUGUGGUCAAAAUUGCAACAGCAAAUGUUAGACUUCAGCGUUCGCCUCAACAAUACUGUGGUUCGAGAUUGGCAGACAUCAUGAAAAUGAUAUGCAAGAACAAGUACAAUGGACCAAAAAGAAGUCCUGCAAUCGAUUCAGAUGUAUGGGAUUACAAGGACCUUGAGGACUACAAUGCAAUUGGCUACCCAUUCAUACCGAUGAAUGAAGCACUGUCAUUUAUGCCCUCACGUUUACUUCGCCCAGCCAAAAGAAGUAUCAUCGAUGAAUGCUGCCACAGACCCUGCUAUUUAGCUGAACUUAAAACUUAUUGUGCAAGUCAGUAAUGCUGGAAUACAGGACUUUGUUGAAGUGUUUUUGAACGCUGAAUAAACUAUUAUUAUAUAAA